AUGCGGGUCGGGGUCGGGCUGACACUGCUGCUCUGUGCGGCGCUGCUGGGCUUGGUUUCGGCGUCCUCGGAAGAAGAAGGCAGCCAGGAUGACUCUUUAGAUUCCAAGACUGCUUUGCCAUCAGAGGAGUCAGUGAAGGACCACACCACAGCAGGCAGAGUGGUCGCUGGUCAGAUAUUUCUCGAUUCAGAAGAAUCAGAGUUGGAAACCCCUGUUCAAGAAGAGGAGGACAGCCUCAAGGGACAAGAGGAAGAAAGAACCACAGAAGAAAUCAGCUUUCUGGAAUCUUCAAAUCCAGAAAGCACGGACUAUGAAGAGCAAAAGAAAGUACAGAAAGCAGUUUUGACAGCCAUUGAAGGCACAGCACAUGGCGAGCCCUGCCACUUCCCUUUUCUCUUUCUGGAUAAAGAAUAUGAUGAAUGUACAUCAGAUGGAAGGGAAGACGGCAGACUGUGGUGCGCUACCACUUAUGAUUACAAGACAGAUGAAAAGUGGGGCUUUUGUGAAACUGAAGAGGAGGCUGCUAAAAGACGCCAGAUGCAGGAAGCAGAAAUGAUGUACCAGACUGGGAUGAAAAUCCUCAAUGGAAGCAAUAGGAAAAGUCAAAAAAGAGAAGCUUAUCGGUAUCUGCAGAAGGCAGCCAGCAUGAACCAUACCAAGGCCCUGGAAAGAGUGUCCUAUUCUCUGUUGUUUGGAGAUUACUUGACACAGAAUAUCCAGGCGGCUAAAGAGAUGUUUGAGAAACUGACUGAGGAGGGAUCUCCCAAGGGCCAGACCGCUCUUGGUUUUCUGUAUGCCUCUGGGCUCGGUGUUAAUUCAAGUCAGGCAAAGGCCCUUGUGUAUUACACUUUUGGAGCUCUUGGGGGCAACCUGAUAGCCCACAUGGUUUUGGGUUACCGAUACUGGGCUGGGAUUGGAGUCCUCCAAAGUUGUGAAUCUGCUCUGACCCAUUACCGCCUUGUGGCCAAUCAUGUUGCUAGUGAUAUCUCACUGACAGGAGGCUCAGUAGUACAGAGAAUACGGCUGCCUGAUGAGGUGGAGAAUCCCGGCAUGAACAGUGGAAUGCUGGAGGAAGAUCUGAUUCAGUAUUACCAGUUUCUGGCUGAGAAAGGGGACGUACAAGCACAGGUGGGUCUGGGACAACUGCAUCUCCAUGGAGGACGUGGAGUAGAGCAAAACCAUCAGAGAGCAUUUGACUACUUCAAUUUAGCUGCAAAUGCUGGCAAUUCACACGCCAUGGCUUUCUUGGGAAAGAUGUAUUCAGAAGGAAGUGACAUUGUACCUCAGAGUAACGAGACGGCUCUUCACUACUUUAAGAAAGCUGCAGACAUGGGAAACCCAGUUGGACAGAGUGGGCUUGGAAUGGCUUAUCUCUAUGGAAGAGGAGUGCAGAUUAACUAUGAUCUGGCCCUGAAGUAUUUCCAGAAGGCAGCUGAGCAAGGCUGGGUGGAUGGGCAGCUUCAGCUUGGCUCCAUGUACUACAAUGGCAUCGGAGUCAAGAGAGAUUAUAAACAGGCCCUGAAGUAUUUUAAUUUAGCCUCUCAGGGAGGCCAUAUCUUGGCCUUCUAUAACCUCGCCCAGAUGCACGCCAGCGGCACAGGGGUCAUGCGAUCGUGCCACACGGCGGUGGAGUUGUUCAAGAACGUAUGUGAACGAGGUCGUUGGUCUGAGAGGCUCAUGGCUGCCUAUAACAGCUAUAAAGAUGGAGACUACAACGCUGCGGUGAUCCAGUACCUCCUGCUGGCGGAGCAGGGCUACGAGGUGGCCCAGAGCAACGCGGCCUUCAUUCUCGAUCAGAGAGAGGCAACCAUUGUAGGCGAAAAUGAAACUUAUCCCAGAGCUUUGCUCCAUUGGAACAGAGCUGCCUCUCAAGGCUAUACUGUGGCGAGGAUUAAGCUUGGAGACUACCAUUUCUAUGGAUUUGGCACUGAUGUGGAUUACGAGACCGCGUUUAUUCAUUAUCGUCUGGCAUCUGAGCAACAGCACAGUGCACAAGCUAUGUUUAAUCUGGGAUAUAUGCAUGAGAAAGGACUAGGCAUUAAACAGGAUAUUCACCUCGCCAAACGUUUUUAUGACAUGGCAGCCGAAGCAAGCCCAGAUGCCCAAGUACCUGUCUUCCUAGCACUCUGCAAGCUGGGCGUGGUCUAUUUCUUGCAGUACAUAAAGGAAACAAAUAUCCGAGAUAUGUUCACCCAGCUUGACAUGGACCAGCUGUUGGGACCCGAGUGGGACCUUUACCUCAUGACCAUCAUCGCGCUGCUCUUGGGAACAGUUAUAGCCUACAGGCAGAGGCAGCACCAGGACAUGCCAGUACCCCGGCCCCCGGGGCCCCGGGCCGCUCCACCUCAGCAGGAGGGGCCGCAAGAUCGGCAGCCACCACAGCAAUAGCAGCCACCAUGUCCAGCCUUGAACAGUGACAGCCAAGGAUGUUGUGUGCUGAGAACACUUGCAUUCGAUUUAGGACUUUGG